CUAUUGUCAAGUUACAUCGAAUCAAGGUCUAGGGUUUCAAAUGCUUCAAGUUCUUCCCAAAUUACUUCCCCUCUCAAGACGAUUUUCCUCAAUUUUCUAUCGAACUUGGUAGCUGUUGAAUCGGUGCGUAACAGUGUCAAGAACCUACCCCGAGAUCUAUUGCAUUUAUGAAUGAGGAAGAUUUGGUAAGGCAACUCACUCGAUAUUCUACCUCUCUCGUGUUUUCAACACAUAAAACACAGACAAACCUUGAAGACAAAUUUCAAGCUUUUGAAUAAGAAUCCUCAAAAACCAUCGUGAUUUCAAACGAAACCCCUCACCCUAGAGUCCAGACACUUCUUCUCUGUCGAUAGCACAUAAAAUCUAGGUUUUCUAUUGUUUCUAUUGACCAGAGACUUUCAAUGGAGAAGACAAAAUCUGGAAAGAAAGAUUCAGAUGCCCAAAAAUUCAAGGGCAUAAACAAAGCUUUUUGAUCAUGUCUCAUAUCAAGAGAAGAAUUGUUGAUGUGCUUCAACCUGGGGAGACAAUGUUGCAAGCUUUAAGAAGGCUGAAAGGAAAUUCUAAUAGAAAGGAAAAGACUUUAGCUGAAACAAAAAUUGUGUCUGAUCAACUAACUGAAGAUGCCAUGAAGCUGAUGGAGGAUGUUGACUACAAUGUGUAUGAUGAAAAACAGGAGGUCUUUCAUAGGGAAGCAGAGGGAUUUGAGAACCUAGUGCGUGCUAGAGGGGAAGGGACCUCUUCUAGUUCAGGAAACAAGCAACCUAAUUCCUCUGGAAUGAGUGAUUCCGGUCUCAAUGGAAUACCUUCCGCAGAUAAUACUACAAACAAUGAGGAUGAUUCCUUUGACAUGUUUGCUGAAGAUGAUGACAAAUCUACUGUUGAUCCAUCAGCUGGCAUUGGAUCUACAGAAAACGAUUAUGUAUUUGAUGAAUCCUCAGGUUACUACUACAGCAGCAGUUUAGGAUAUUAUUAUGACCCAUCUUCUGGACUGUAUUGCAGUGCAGCAUCUGGACAGUGGUGUUCUUGUAACCAAGAAACUGGUGUUCAUGUAACCAAGAAACCGGUGACUAUGAGGAGUUGCCAUCAGGGGAAGGCAAUGGAAAUGGAAUUGCAACAUAGUGGAAUGGAAUUGGAAUCACAGGUUUCACAUCCUGCUGUGCGUGGUACUUAUGGAAGCUUCAUUCAAAUUUCAACAUGUUUAGGGUUGAUGGGAGCUCUUUUAAUCGGGAUUCCUGUAAAGAGCAUCUCAGGCUGGUGGCGUAUCUGCUUUUGGUUAUCUACAAUUCCAUCCACAAUACUUGCUCUUGCUAUGAUAUUCUGUGCAGAAAGUCCACAUUGGCUUUACAAGUUCGUGAUCAAGAGAAGUAAAAUCAUCAGCAAAAAGUGUAAUCAGUUCAGAUUUUUAUUCUGUUUGAUACUUGAAAAUCUACUUAAUGGCUAUGGGGCGAGCUGGAUGCAAAGUAAAAUUGGUGAUUUGGGUUCCAAUACAACAUUAAAGGAACAUCAUUUGUCAUUACUAUUUAAGUGUGAUGGAUUUGAUAAAGCAUCAUCAAGAAAAAUCAACUGGCAUACCAAUGAUGAUAUUUCAUUGAAUUAUUUUCUUGGCUUAAAAAAGAUUGUUCUUAAAACUGCUCUGUGGAAUGAAAAGAAUCAAUGUGGAAUGAAACGAAUCUGUUUACUGGACGUGUUGAUGUGCCCUUAA